AUGACAAAAGGGAAAAUAGAUGUAAACUCCUGCAAACAAAAAGAGGGAUCCAUCCAGAUCUACGAGAAAAGUUGCUGUGGAGGGGAUUGGAAUGAGAGACAUUUUGUGCUCUACAAUGACUCUCGAUUGACAUGGUUCAAAGAUAAAGACUCUCAUUCUCCGAUCGGCACAAUCCUUCUCAGAAAUGUUGUUCAAUACAUUUGUGUCGGUUUGAUGACGGAUAAAAUGCCGGGCAAAAAGCCGGACCUUCCGAAAGACGCGUCAAGGCAUUUGCUUGUCGGAAUUGGAAUAGAUCAGAAUGCUUCUAAAGUCUAUUGGCUGUUGUUCAAGACGGCGAGUGAUAUCGAAUCCUGGUUUGUGGAAAUCGGAAAAACCCUACCUCCACCGCCACAACAACCUCCUCCACCAUCCGAAGCACCACACCAACAACCCGGAAAUAAUCCCGAUUUUCCAAGACAGCAACAAAUAAAUAAUGGUAAAUCAGGUCCACCGCCUGCCUAUCCAUCAGUCAAUGGAAACUAUCAACCAGGCAAUGGAGGCUAUUUUCCACAACCUGUCGGGUCUACAGUAAUUGUGCAACAACCGGGUUUUGGAGGAGGAUACGGAGGUGGUGAUGAUCGAAUGCUCACCGGGUUAUUGCUUGGGUCAAUGGUUGGAUAUGGCAUGGGCAGUUUUUGGGGUGGUCCAAUGGGCUUCUAUGGGCCGAUGGGUGGUUUUGGCGGUGGAUAUUAUUCGAAUAACGACACUACGACAGUCAACAAUUACUAUGAGGGAAACGAUCCGAACGGGCAACAACCGGCGGGAGGAGAUGCUGCUGCGGGUGCGGGCCCGGUUGACGGAGGAGAAGCAGCAGCCGGAGGAGACACUCAGGCCGGGGCCGACGGUGAAAACUACGACAAUGAUGGUGGUUAUGAUCAAGGCGAUUAUGGUGGCUACGAAAAUGGAGGUGGUUAUGAUCAAGGCGAUUAUGGUGGCUACGACAAUGGAGGUUACGGCGGAGGGGAUUACGGUGGUGGGAAUUAUGGAGAUGGUGGUGGAUAUGAUUACGGUGGAGGCGGUGAUUUUGGCGGAGGUGGUUAUGACUUUGGCGGCGGGGAUUUCGGCGGUGGUGGCGGUGAUUUUGGGGGUGGCUUU